AUGAAGGAGCAAUCCCUCUUCGGAAUCCUGCUGUUAUGCCUAUGGGGCACAUCUCUCGGCGAUGAUGGAAGUAGAAGCGAACGAGGACGAGUAAGGAUCGGCGACUUCUCGGUCCCAGACUACCCGAUUAAUGUAACCGUGACCGCCACCGAUCCUCCUUACUGUGCCAUCGCUUUAGCUCCCUUCUCCUGCUCACUCCGGCAUGCAGACUGCGUCACCUUUGUAGGACGGGAGGACAAGGGACUCGGGGAGGAAGGGUGCGCCUCUUACGAUGAGCUUGGAAGGAAAGGCCUGCACUUCUUCCGCAUGCUUGUCGGGAACGCGCAGAGUAUGCCUCCUCUCAUUGUGGACGUCGGGGCGAACAUUGGUUCGCACAGCAACUAUGCAGCAGCGCUGGGAGCACGAGUAAUCGCCAUCGAGCCCCAUCCCUUCCAUGCCCGAAGGUUGUUCCACAUGGCCCAUCUCAAUGAUUGGAACCUGCAAGUCUUCUCGGGGGGGGCGCACGAUUUUGAUGGGACGGGAGUGAUACACAUCUUGAAGGGUGGACAUCUAGUGAUGAGGAAGGUGGAGGAAGUCGGGGAGCCAAACCUGACGACAGUUCGGACGAUCAACAUAGAGCUAACAAGGAUAGAUACCUUGGUCGGGAACGAUGAGAUGGUGGUAUUCUUGAAGAUCGACACGGACGGUCACGAGCUGCAAGCUCUUCGAGGAGCAACGAGACUCUUUGAGGAGGAGCGAGUGAAGUACAUGAAGAUCGAGUUCGUCCCCUACGCUCUCGAGAUGGGGAAUGCUGGAUCACCGACCGCAGCGAUGGAUCUGUUGACGAUGCUCGACCAACACGAGGGAGAAUUCUUCUGCGUCCAUGAUCUCCGACCUUUGCGGAGGGAAGCGUUCGAGAGCUUUGUCGAGAGAUACAAGUACAAGAGCUCGUUCCUGGUGAUGCCGAGAUCAAAUCUGACGUGA